AGCAGGAUUACAGACAUUGCUGAUCGCAAGCCUUUUGAACUUUCCUUGAGUUACAUUUCUACGAUCUCACAAUUGUUGUAGAAAAACAUGUCACUUCUUUCAGACGCUCCGUAGAGCACCACGCUGGCAGAUGCAUCCUAAUGGCAAGGAGAUCAUUGUCAUUUCAAUCACAGCAUGACUACUACGAUGACUGAACCUCCUGAGUUGCGAUCUGACGCUCAACACCGCUCGCUAUCCCCUCACAAAGGCGCAAGAGAGUCGACCUCUCGGGAGAGAUUUCCUUCUUUCGACGAUACCCUCCCAAACUUUUCGUUCAACCCUGGUGCGAACGUGGUUGCUGAGAGUCCCCUGGAAAUAACACCUGGUCAACUUUCGAACCACGAGAUCAAAUGGCCAGCGAGAAGAGAGAGUCAAAGAUUGCGCAACGCAAGACCUGCUGGAAUAUAUGGACAUCGGCCUCGGAGAAGUGUCAGUGAGGCAUUAAACAAAUUUCGGACACGACAAGGUAGUGUGAGCGAAAAUGCGCAUGAACUGGCUGAAGCACUGAGAGCACCAGUGUCCUACAAACUCAUUGCUCUUUGUAUCGUCUGGUACAUGACGUCGGCUCUUACAAACACAUCAUCCAAAUCCAUUCUCAACGCCUUACCCAAGCCAGCGACACUCACAAUUGUACAAUUUGCCUCGGUCUCAUUCUGGUGUCUGGUAUUGACUGGACUGUCAUCGACGUUUCCCUCCCUGAAGAGAUCCAUACCUGCACUUAGAAAUGGCCUGAGGAAACCGUCUUGGGAUGUGUUGUCAACAGCAUUCCCACUGUCGAUUUUCCAACUCCUAGGGCAUCUACUCAGCUCAUAUGCCACAUCCAAGAUUCCAGUCUCACUUGUCCACACUAUCAAAGGACUAUCGCCAUUUUUCACGGUACUAGCGUACCGGAUUGUUUUUCGAAUUCGCUACAAGCGAGCUACAUACUUGUCACUUGUACCACUCACCUUGGGUGUGAUGAUGGCAUGUUCUACGGACUUUUCAAGCAAUUUCUGGGGAAUUAGUGCUGCAUUGGUGGCAGCAAUUGUUUUUGUGAGCCAGAACAUCUUUUCGAAGAAGCUUUUUACCGAGGCAGCACGCGCAGAAGCCGAUGGGCAGUCUCGCCUGCCGAGAAAGUUGGACAAGCUCAACCUGCUGUGCUACUGUUCUGUCGGUGCCUUCCUACUCUCCGCCCCUGUCUGGAUUUACACCGAAGGGUUUGAACUCGUAGAAGAGUUAUGGAAGGAUGGAUCUAUCGACCUCUCGACCAAAAGAAAUGCCUUGGAUCAUGGCGAGCUGGUGUUGGAAUUCAUCUUCAACGGAGUGUUCCACUUUUUCCAGAAUAUCAUGGCCUUCGUCUUGCUGUCGAUGCUCUCGCCAGUCUCCUAUUCUGUGGCCUCAUUGAUAAAACGGGUCUGGGUUAUUGUGGUUGCUGUGGUCUGGUUUCGCAGCUCGACUACCUCGAUACAGGCCCUCGGCAUUGGACUCACAUGUGUUGGGCUUUAUCUCUACGAUCGCACUAGCAUGGAAGACGCCGCCGAAAGACGAACCAAGUCUGACCAUUUCCGUCAUAGAGCAGCUUUGUUGCCUGUGACCGAAGUCAAUACCCCGGGACUGCAGCCAAGCCACCCGAUGAACUUGGAUCAUGUGGGUGAGAUGUCUGCUUCACACCCUAAGAGGGAUGAUACUCGAGGUCGACCACAUGAAUCUCCCCUUGCAUCUGGAUGGCUGCCCCCUGGGACCAAGCAAGAAAGCACCUGGGAAGCUGCAGACAAAAAUGAAAAGUCAUAGGAUGUCUGACAUGUAACAACAGUGAAACUAUGGAAUGGUGCCUGGAGUUGAGUAGACCUUACACGUUUUUACGACAGGGAUCCAUGCAAUGUAUGAUCGAUAGAUAGACUAAUCGUGCCACUGCCAAAUGCAAUUGACAGGCGCUUCUCGAGAAUAAUUAAUAAAUCUUGAAAAAAA